GGAAACUUUCAAGAUGGCAGCCUCCAGUGCACCACUAAAUUCUGGUUCCUCAAGAAAAUAUAGGAAAUCUUUGCUUUAUUUCAUGAUAUUUUUACUUGUUUUUCUGGUUUCCACAACCGUUUUGAUGGUUUACCCGAAUUCAUCAACAAGUCUUAUUAAAAGUCCGGUAAAAACCUUGAAAAUAUGGUGUAUUUCUUACGGCGUGUUGGAACUGUGCGGAUACAGUUUGUUAUGUGGAAUGGAAUCUGAUUUUGAUCAUUCAUCGGCGAGCAAGAGAUCUCGGGCAAGUUCUACAAUAAUCAACAAUGUCUCAGCUAAGGUUGUGUCCAGUAUAAAAUAUGGAUUACUUAUUUUCUUCAGCUCUAUUGCAUUCCAUAUAAUUGCAGUUUUGUAUGGUGCACCAUUUACAGAAACUGUGACAGAAACAGCCACGUUUGGUGUUUUGCUGACAACGAUAGUAACCAUUCCAACUCUGUGUGUAUUGGGUACCAAUGCAGAGUGUUACAGCAGGCUCAUAGGUAGCAGAAGGCCACAUGCUGGUGUUGAGUCGUGUUUAGCAUACAUUGUAUUCUUCAGUCUACUUGGUGCAUGGCUUGGUGCUUUCCCUAUACCUCUUGAUUGGGAUAGACCAUGGCAGAAAUGGCCAGUCUCUUGCUGUAUCGGGGCUCUGUCUGGACAUACACUUGGUCUUGUAGCAUCUGUCAUUCACAGCGCACGAGGAUUAGAAGAAUCAUCGGAAACAUUCUUCAGUAGGGGCAAAAGCAAGAACUUUUGAUUUAGAUUCAGAUAAAUCAUUGUGAUUGCAUCUUUAUGAUAAUUAGACAAUUGAUGGAAAACCUUUCCCUGAGUGUUGAAGAUGUGAUAUUACAACCUAAAAACAAAGGACGUUAAAAUAAAAUAGUGGUUGUCAUGGUUUAUGGCCAUUGAUAGUGGUCUCAAAGUUGCAAUAUGGGAUUUCAGUUUUAGCUCAUGAGCAAUGAUAUUGAUUGGAAUAGAUCUUUUUUUAUAUUU